UCAGCAUCAGCCCUCAUACCUCCGCUCGAUCUCUACAGACACCCCGCCUCAAAGCCCUUCUAGAGCUGCUGCUUGUCGGCGAGCCAAUGACAGACUCGGCUACAGCAGCGCCUUAGAUAACAGACACAUACCUGCAAACGCCAUGCAGUCCAGAUACUUCGUCUCAGGCUCGCGCAGUAAGCCGACAGAGGCUAUUGCCGAGUUGGCUGAAGAUACCCGCCAGGUGCGCUUAUCGGAGGCCUACUACUGGGCAUUCGACGUCGUGUGAUUGGUCACGACACUUUCGAAGCCAUGACCUCGCAGUCACAAGAGGCUCGCGCUAGUUGGACAUUGAUCAAAUCGCAGCUCACAGCACUCCAACGGGGAUGAUCAAAACCACAACCCUUAGUCAUCCCCGACGUCUUCCAUCCUUCAACCACUCAGCUCUGUCCGCCUCAAAUCCGACGCCCAUCAAGUGCUCAGCGCUUGGAUCGAUCUUCACAAGAUGGUGCCCGUACCCACAGGCGUACACUAUGACGACAAUGUCGCAGCAGCACCAUCGAGCACUGACAAGAAGUAUCCCAAGCGAUGCGUCGUCGUCGGUCUCGGUAUGGUUGGCAUUGCCUUCUGCGAAAAGCUUCUGAAGAUGGACAUUGACGGCGGAAGAGAUGAGUGGGAGGUGGUCGUCGUUGGCGAGGAGCCGCACAUUGCCUACAACAGAGUCGGUUUGACACAGUACUUCACUUCGAGAGAUCCGGAGGCCCUGUACUUGAAUCCUCUCAGCUGGUACACAAGCCACGCGCCUGGCAAACUGCAGUAUCACACAGCGGAUCCGGUCACUUCCAUCUCACAUGAAGCCAAGGAAGUGCGAACAUCGAAAGGCCUCACGCUCAAGUACGAUGUAUGCGUGCUAGCCACUGGCUCAGACGCCGCUUUGCCACCAUAUGUCUCCCAACAGAGGUUCCAUGCUACUGCUGGCACUUUCGUCUAUCGCAAUCUUGCAGACUUGGACGCCAUGAUCGCCUACUCCGAGGAACACAAAGUCAAGCGUGCUGCAGUCAUUGGCGGCGGCCUUCUCGGUCUCGAAGCCGCCAAAGCUCUCUUCGAUCUGGAGACAGUGGAACAGGCGGUUAUCAUCGAGCGAAAUCAGUGGGUACUCUCACGUCAGCUCGAUGGUGAAGGUGGCCGAAUGGUCCUAGACAAAGUCCGAGCGCUUGGCGUCGAAGUUGUCACUCAAGCACGAGUCAGAGAUCUGAUCGUAGGGUCACAGCAGGAAGACGACGAAGGCAAAGAAAGGAUUAAAGGCUUGUUGCUGGAAGGCAAGGGUGAAGACGGAGCUGAUGCGCCGUACGAGCUCGACAUGCUGGUCUUCGCUGUUGGCAUCAAAGCAAGAGAUAAUCUUGCCACCCAGUCUAAUCUCAAGGUAGCGCCUCGAGGCGGCUUCGACAUAUCAGAUCGUCUUGAGACCAGCGCCAAGGACGUCUACGCGAUCGGCGAAUGCGCCAGCUUCAAGGGGGAAACCUGGGGUCUGAUCGCGCCUGGCGUCGAAAUGGCAGACGUUCUCGCUUUCAAUCUUACCGAAGGACCACAUCACGCAAGUGGUUUGAGAUCGAUGACAUAUCCCGACUUAAGCUGCAAGCUGAAGUUGAUGGGCGUCGACGUCGCAAGCUUUGGCGAUUUCUUUGCAGAUCGCGGAAAGCUCACAAAGUCACUUCCCGGCAAUCGCAAGACUGGAACUGGAGCGCACGCUAAGGUGCCAGAUGGCGCUCCUGUCGUCAAGGCCCUCACCUAUCGCGACCCCUUCUCCGAUGUGUACAAGAAGUACAUCUUCACCGCAGACGGCAAGCAUGUAGUGGGCGGCAUGAUGGUCGGAGAUGUGAAAGACUACGUCAAGCUUGUCGGAAUCUGCAACAAGGGCAAAGAACUCGAAGUUCCACCGGCCCAGUUCAUCUUAGGAUCUCAGAAAGAAGGCGAAGAAGGUGACGACCUUGACGAUGACACCCAAAUUUGCUCUUGCCACAAUGUUACCAAGGGCCAGGUAGUCGAUCAAGUCAAGCAAGGAUGCCGAUCGUUUGGCGACAUAAAAAGCUGUACCAAGCUCGGAACUGGAUGUGGAGGUUGCGUUCCACUCGGCACUUCUAUCUUCAACAAGGCCAUGACUGAUGCUGGCGCCGAGAUUUCUAACAAUUUGUGCCCGCAUUUCAAGUACUCUCGCCCGGACAUGUAUAUGAUCAUCAAGCACCGCAAGCUCCAGGACUUCACCACCACGAUGCAAGAAGUCGGCGUUAAACCCGACUCCCUGGGAUGCGACGUAUGUCGACCGGCAGUUGGAUCUAUUCUUUCGUCUCUCAACAAUCAAUUCAUUAUGAAGCCAUCGCAAAGACAGACGCAGGAUACGAACGAUCGCUACCUAGCCAACAUCCAACGUGACGGGACUUACUCUGUUGUUCCUCGUCUCCCUGCUGGCGAGGUGACCCCAUUCCAACUCAAAGUAUUGGGUGAGGUUGCCACAGAGUUCAACCUCUACUCCAAGAUUACGGGUGGGCAGCGCAUCGAUCUAUUCGGCGCGCGCAAGCACCAGCUCCCUGCCAUUUGGACACGUCUUGUCGACGCUGGCUUCGAGUCCGGCCACGCUUACGGCAAAGCCCUACGCACCGUGAAGAGCUGUGUAGGCACAACCUGGUGCCGCUUCGGUGUCGGCGAUUCGGUCGGACUAGCUGCCGAACUUGAAGGACGCUACAAAUCCAUUCGUGCGCCUCACAAAUUCAAGUCCGGGGUCAGUGGAUGUGUGCGAGAAUGCGCAGAGGCGCAAAGCAAAGAUUUUGGCCUAAUCGCUACUACGAAAGGCUGGAAUGUCUUUGUUGCUGGCAACGGUGGAGCAAAACCUCGACACGCAGAACUCAUUGCGGAGGAUGUACCACGUGCUCUUGCCAUCAAGAUUAUCGAUCGGUUCCUCAUUCUGUACAUCCGCAAUGCAGACAAAUUGCAGCGAACUGCACGAUGGGUGGAAACACUCCCGGGGGGCAUCAACGAGCUCAAGGACAUCAUCGUCAAGGACAAGUUAGGUAUUUGCAAAGAUCUCGAAGAUGAAAUGGACUCGCUGGUGGGCAAGUACCACUGCGAAUGGACCGAAGUCGUGCGGAAUCCCGAGCGCCAGAAAGCCUUCAAGCAGUUCAUUAACACAGAAGAGACGCAGGUCCACUCCGAGCGCAUCGAGCAACGCAACCAGAGUCGACCGGCCGACUGGCCAGCAGACGCUACUCCUCUCAAGUUCAGUGUUCGAGACAUCGCAGCAAAUGAGCCUUGGGAAUGGCGACCAGUGGCGAAAGUGGCUGAUCUGGACCCUCAACCUGAUGCUCCCACCUCUGCCGUCGUCAAGUAUGGCGACACCCAGAUCGCAAUUUGGAACAUUCCCAACCGUGGCCUAAGGGCGUCUCAGAAUAUGUGCCCACAUCGCCGAGCCUUCGUCUUGGCCGAUGGUCUGAUCGGCGAAGACGACUCGGGCAAGGAGUUUAUCAGCUGUCCGCUGCAUAAGAGAAGAUUCAACCUGGAUCACAAAGAGGAGAACGAUGCCGGCAAAUGCAACGAUGCGGAUUAUUCAAUCAUGACAUUUGAGGCGCGGCAAGAGGAGGACGGCACUGUCUCCCUCAAAUUGCCGUCCUCCGAGUCGCUAGAUGCGCUUCUUUCGACGACUAAAUGGAUGCUCCGCAAGGCUCGAGAGGAGUCUCACAUCCUCUCGGGCGGACAACCUGGCCAGACUGAUACGGAAGGCUACGCAAUGACCGAGAAGCAUGGACAAAUUGUCGAGAUCGCAGGGCCUACUGAGGCAGUGCAAGAAGAGUCGAGGAAACUCGAUCGAGAGCGCAGGGGUAUUCCUGAGCCUGCUCAAGACACGAGCAAGGGAGGCGCCAAGAAAGCUAGCUGCGCCGACGCUGCCCCUGGAAGCAAGCUCGAUUGGUAGAUCCUACUACACGCUCUAGAUCACACAGUCUGCCUCCUGUCCUCUUUCUCAUGCCUUCAGAUCUGCCUCAUCCAACGCGGUGCCAAAUUUCGUCCUCAAGCGUCUACUUCCCUCCCGUCUACCGCAGUCACGCUUCGCAUAUGCAAUCCAUCGUUCGUUUCACACUGGCACGUUGCGGUCACCGAAUCUGAGAGCGCUUCAUGUCGUGUCAUCGUUCUUGCAGGGAUCGAAAGGAAGCCGAAACAAUCUUGAGGUUGGUUUGUCCCCUAGUAUGCUUUUCGCGGGAGCUGAACCAAGACUACAGACUAACAAUCGAGGUUCUCAAGGCAACAGUUAAAAACCAUGGACCGGC